AUGGACAGACCACUGAGCGAUAUUGGAAAUGUUGUCCAGGGAAGGGAUACUAGGAAUGUGUUCGAUAGGUUGAGCAUAUCUCCGCAGAAGAGAAGCUCAAACAAGAGGGAUAGUGUUGUUUGGAAACCUGCCAGCAGGAUAUCACCGAAGAAGAGUAACAAUGCGCCUCUGACUACGGCGAUCCACGAGACUCCGAAGAGGCUGCAGUCGCCGAGUUUUCUGAAGGACCGUUCUUUUACACAGAGCUUGGACAGACCCCAGUUUGAUCCCAAGGAUAUUGUCAGUGCCACUCCCGUCAAUAAGGUGAAACCAGGGAUACCAAGAAGUGUUGGGAAUCCCACAACAAGCACAUUUAUGAUCCCAAUCUCACCCACCAAGAUAACUUUCAGCAAUGAAAAGAGAACUGGUGGUGAUGGGUCGUCUAGUAGAAUACUUUCAAGAAUGAGAAAUAUUAGAGCUUCUCCCGUGCGGUCUGUACCAUCAACAGCAACUACAAUCAAGAAAAGGAAUCUAACUGAGAGGCUAAGACAAGAAGAAGAAGGAGAGAACAAAAACAAUGAGAAGCGUGUGCGAUUCCAAGUGCCCUCUCAACCUAGACCAGGCUCUUCUCAAUCUAGCUCCAGAACGCCAAGCCGCGACAGUAACGAAUCCAUGACCAACGCAAACAAGCAUAUUUCAAGAGAAAGAAAGGCUCCAAUGCCGGUAAAAACCAGCCCAGAUGCCAGAAUAGAUCAAUUAGAGAACACAGUUCGUUUGCUUGAAGAAAGAGUAAAAUACCUGGAGAAAUUGUUGAGAAAUCGUUAA